CCAGAUCGGCCGCCGCCCCCACCCCCCUCUAUUUAUCCCCGCCCUAACGCAUGAUGCCCACCACGCGCCGCACCACACUCACUUCCAUCCACGCCGCACCGUUCCCCUCGCGCGCGUUCCACCGCACCCCACUUCAAUGGCGCUUCGCCGAGCCGUCCUCGCGGUCCUCCUCGCCGCGCUGCUGCCGCACGCGCUCUCACGCGGGCUGGGGCUUGGUCACGCUCACCCGCAUGCUCUUAAACGCGGGCCUGGGCUUGGUCACGCUCACCCGAACGCGCACGGGCACGCACCGCUCGGAGGCGGCGCGUGGUCCUCAGCCCACGCCACCUUCUACGGCGGCGGCGACGCGUCCGGCACCAUGGGGGGGGCGUGUGGGUACGGGAACCUGUACAGCCAGGGGUACGGCGCCAACACUGCGGCGCUGAGCACGGCGCUCUUCAACAAUGGCCUCAGCUGCGGUGCCUGCUUCGAGGUGCGGUGCGACGCGGCCGGCGGCGGCAGUCACUCGUGCCUGCCCGGCUCCGUCGUGGUGACAGCAACCAACUUCUGCCCCCCCAACAACGCGCUCCCCUCCGACGACGGCGGCUGGUGCAACCCGCCGCGCGCCCACUUCGACAUGUCCCAACCCGUCUUCCAGCGCAUCGCGCUCUACAAGGCCGGAAUUGUCCCCGUGUCCUACCGCAGGGUGGCGUGCAACAAGAAGGGUGGCAUCCGGUUCACCAUCAACGGCCACUCCUACUUCAACCUUGUGCUCGUUACCAACGUGGGCGGCCCUGGCGACGUGCACGCGGUGGCCGUGAAGUCCGAGCGCUCAGCGGCGUGGCAGGCCAUGUCGCGCAACUGGGGCCAGAACUGGCAGAACAACGCGCUCCUGGACGGGCAGGCGCUCUCCUUCCGCGUCACCGCGGGUGACGGCCGCUCCGUCGUCUCCACCAAUGCUGCCCCCCGUGGCUGGUGCUUUGGCCAGACUUUCAGCGGGGCUCAGUUCACCUGAGCAACUCCCUUGCCGAGGCGUCGACGCAGCAGCAGCAGCAGCUGUAGUACUAGUCAAUGGUCGUAGUAGUUGUCCCACCCAAUUGGAGCUUGCCGAGUGGCGCCAUGGUUUUAUGAAUGGUGCUUCUCGCAUUAGUUCUUGGGAAUUACCAGUAGUUAGUCGCAGUGUGAGCAUGGGUUAGCGCUGGUGUUAGCCUAGUGUUCCUUGGCGUUUGAGAGUGUUUUGGCUAGGGAAUUGGAAGCGGUGGUAAAGGCUGCCUUGAAGAUUAAGGGAGGCCGCCUUGUAUCACCCGCCAAUCAGCGUUUGGGUUUUGGCCUCGCGGUGAUGGCCUGUCUUGAGAUGAUGUUUUGUGUGGUAAUCGUGUUGGUUGUAAUGAACCUUAUCAACUCAUCUUAUGGAACGGUUUAAUUUGUGUUGGA